CUUGUAUACCUCCUAGCAACUCGCGGAUGAAGUCGAUCUAAAGUGUCUGCGUUGUGUGGAUUCAUACUAGUGAUGUUGCCAAGAGUGAAACGGUGGUUGUGCUUGCCCCUCUCCCUUGUCAGGGGAGUGGUGCUUAACUUCUUAUUAACUUUAUUUAGUAACAUUCCACCUUUGAGAAGUGUCAGCAAAAUGUGGUACAAGACUCUUGUAAAAGGCGAUGAUGACACGUACAUGAAACCAGUCCUUACCGGGAUCGCCCCCUGGAGCCUGUUUUGGGUUAGGACCAAGGACUUCCUUUAUUCUGCAUGGGCCGAGGUACAGAUGGUGGCUGAGCAGGGCGGCCGCGCACCCAACCGAAAACUGCUGCGCUUCAGUGACCGCUCUGAGUGCCACCUCCUUGACGUGGCCUCCAAAGGGCGGCCGCUCAUCGUCAACUUUGGCUCGUGCACCUGACCUCCGUUCAUGGCCAACCUUGCGAGGUUCCGUCAGGUGAUGGAAGACUUCGGCAAGGUGGCUGACUUUGUCACGGUGUACAUCACCGAGGCUCACCCAACUGAUGGGUGGCAUAUUCCUGGCAACCUAGAAGUUGCCAACCACAAAACCAUUGAGGAGAGGUUUGCUGCCGCUAAGAAGAUGCUGGACCUAGAGCCUUUGGAUUGUCCAGUACUAGUGGACUCCCUCACAGAUGAUGCAAACAAGGCCUACAAUGGCCUGCCUGAACGGUUGUACAUCAUACAGGACGGAGUCAUUGUGUACCAGGGUGGCCAGGGUCCCUUUGGUUACAAGCUGAAGGAAGUUGAAGCAUGGCUUAAGGACUACAAAGGAGAGUAAAAGACAGGCGGCAGCAGGAGCAGGGGAGGAAGCAACCAUUGCAAUUUUUCAGCUGUUUUGAGGGAAUUUGUCACCUUGAGUAUAAAUUUUUUGUGCCUUUACUCUCUUUAUUUAAGAAUUGCACAUGGUUAUAUGUAGUAGUGAAGUAGAAAUUAUCUAUUUGUAGAGACAAAACUAGUUUAUUUCAUGUAAAAAGGUUGAGAUUGCUUUAUCUAGAAUCCUCUGUGCUUAGUGUUCCAGGUUUUGCAUCUUUUGAGAUUGUGGAACACACACACACACACACACACACACACACACACACACACACACACAUAUUUCCAACAGGGUUAUGUUUUGAAAAGUAGAUUGUAAGUAGGUACAAAAGUGUACAUAUUGCAAGUAAAAGAACUAUUACUUAACCUUGUAACUUAAGUGUUAUACAGUAAUAUAUGAUAUGUUGGUAAGGUUGGAAAAAUCAUGAUUAAAAAAAAGAUUGAUUUGAAUUGGAUUUUUAAAUUUAAAUCAUUUUUUUUAUUUAAAUGAUUUUUUUUUUAUUAAUACCUGUUUGUUGGCACAGAUUAUUUGUUUCAGUCUCAUGAGGUCAUAAGACUUGGCCAAUGAUAAAUGAAAUCAUAGUUUAACAUACAUCACCCAACAUGAAUUUUGCACAUAAAAAUCUUAAGUAGGACUAAUAGUUUAAUCAGUCUGUUACAUUAAAGUAACUAACUUGAUUGCUAUUAAAAAGAAAUUAAGCUCAUUAAACUUCAUAAUUACAUUUAUUAUUAUCAACAAAAAAUAUCUUACUUUCUUUUUCAUGCAUUUAAAUAUUUUUCUUGUAAGAGAUGGCAGUGAUUCAUUGGUGCAUGACUUGCUGCAAGACCAGUACAGGAUAAUUACACUCAGUACAGGGCAAGUAGACUUGAAACUUUUCAUAUAUAUAUAUAUAUAUAUAUAUAUAUAUAUAUAUAUAUAUAUAUAUAUAUAUAAUAUUAAAUCAUCUGAUUUAAAUCAAACCAACCCUGUAUGUUGGUAGUUUUUUCAUCAUAUUGGCAUGAACAUUUUAAUAAAUCGUGGAUAAAAAUAUUAGCCCUGAAAACUUGAUAAUUUUGGAGGAUUUGGAUCAUAAAAUUCUGGACAAAGGAUUUGACCUGUUUGUAUAUAUAUAAAUGAUGAUAAUCAUGAAUAAUUAGUUUACUCAUUCCACCACUAUAUUGGCCUCACAUAUCAAACUUUUUGCACUUUUUGUUAACUUUAUUUCCAUUUAGUGUGCACAGCUCUUUGGGGCUCUACUUUCUUUUUUCAAUCUUGAAGGUGAACCAUAAACUCCUAAGAGUACAUCUAGCAUAACCUUUGGAGGAAUGGUAGUAGUUAUGUCUUCUUUGUCUGUAUUUUGUUCUAAUGUGCAACGUACCACUUUCAUCUUAAUCAGAUACUAAUUAUGCCAGCUUUAUAAGCCAAGAGUUAUUUUAAUUUCAUUAAGUUCAUAAAGAUGGCAAAGUUGUCCCUCAGUUUCUGCAUCCCUCCUGGAGCUGAGUCUGACUCAAUGAUGCCUCUUGUUUAAAGGUUCCAGCCACACAAGAGGCUGAAGACAGUCUGAUAGCUAUGGGAGGGAAGCAGGCAAGAAAAGGGAAAACAGGUUUCUAUUAAUAAACACAUUUAGAAAUCUAAGAUGCAGAUGUUGUGAUAGAGCAGCCUUCUGUAAUUUGUGUAUUAUACUGAUUGUAUUACUUGUUUGAAUUGUCCUCUUAAUCUCUUGAAGAUUAUAAAGCUCUCAUAAUUCUUGCUGGCCUCAUCCUCCUGGAGCUGAGCCAGACUCUUAUGAUGCCCUUGAUGGAAAGGCUCAGGCUGCAUCAGGUGCUGAAGACUGUCUCACUCAGCCCCAUGAGGGAAGAGGACAAUGGGAGAGUAGAUGUGUCACUGGUUAUGGAAAUUAAAGUUUGCAGAUUUAUUUUA